CUUCUACAAGGUGUUACUUUACUUACCAUAUCGACUUCACCUGAACUUAAAGUAAAAUUUAGAAGUGACACCAGCCUUGUUCUGAGCUGUAAUUAUUCCGUGGAACACGGAGAACGUAUAUCAGAUAGAGAGAUUAAAUGGCAAAAACGAAUAGUAAACAGAUUCGAAGAUGUUGCGGUGUUUUCUCCUCCUGGCGGAGAAGAACCUUAUAUUCAUCAUAAAUUAGCCCCUGCUCUUAUAAAUAGAACAAAACUUAUCACAUCAAAUACAAGUGUAUCCUCCAUUGCCACAUUGAUAAUCCACGAUGUUGUCUGCAGUGAUGAAGGAUUGUACCAAUGUUGGAUAGAGUAUUUUGUCGAUGUCGACCAUAGAGACAAGCACAAGAAAAGUUUAUCUUUAGUUACUUUUGAGGUUGGAGGAGAACCAGUCCAUACAUCUUAUGUUGGAAAUCCGGCGGGAAACGUCAAGAUCUGGAAAGUCCCGGAGAAAACAAAGAUUCCAGAAAUCUUGUUCACUUCAAAUUUACUGAACAACAAAACAAAGAGCUGUACCACUUUUCUUAACGUAAGCACAGAAUACAAAGUUUCCAGAAAAAACAACGGGAUAAAAUUUCUUUGUUCCUCACAAAAUAACCUUACACAGGAGCCAGGACCAGGGAGAUACUCACAAAGAAUAUCGGUGCUUUAUGGACCGGGGACGCCAUUAAUUUCACUUUUACUAUUCAAAACAAGGUACUAUGUCGAUGAUGAUAUAAAACUGGAAUGUUUUUCUGACAGUAAUCCGCCCCCAAUAUAUAGCUCGACAUUUCUACCUACUAACAACAACGAAGACGAUACAAAAUACUUCAUCAGUAACAUGUCUUUAGUGGAGCUGAACAAACUUCAAACCAACAAUUCUGGAAAUUAUGCUUGCUCUGUGUUUAAUACAUUCAAUGAGAAGACUUUUAACAUUACGUCUAUGGUAUCUAUAUUGGUUAGAAACCACCCUAAACAACGUAAGUAACAGUUACACCUAGUGUAUUUAAAAAAAUAAGCAUCCCUCUUAGGAAUAAUAAAGACUCAUGGCUGAUUCUAAUCGCUCAUUGGAUAGCAUUGUCUUCAGGAAAAAAAACCUCUAAGAUUAUUU